AUGAAGCACGGGAGGUCGGACCUCCGUGCGGCCGUGGUCGGCGUCGUACUGCAGGCGCCGGUUAGCGACCGCGAGUACCUCGAGACCCUGCCCUCCACGGAGGGGUUCAUUGAGGAGGCCAGGGUCAGGGGGGGAGGCGGGGAGCUGAUGCCCGUGGCGGCGGACCAGGCCCCGAUAACGGCGGCCAGAUUUAUUUCCCUCGCAACCAAGGAAGGAGACGACGACAUGUUCAGCGCCGACCUCACCGCGGACGAGAGGCACGGUCGGCUGGGGCACAUGGCCUCGGUGCCCACCGCGGCGUUCCUCUCGGGGGCCGACCAGUUCGUUCCCCAGGGGGGCGGCAGGUCUCCCCCCGAAGUGCUGGCGGAGACGCUUCGGGCUGCGAUGGUCUCCUCGUCGCCGUCGUCGCCGCCGCCGUCCUCCCCGCUGGGGACUGCUUGCUCUGCGGCCAGCAGCGGAAGGGCAGAACCAGGAGAUGGAACACGGGGGGGCGCAAGUACUACAACAUCGACGCCGGCGGCGAAGAAGACUGUGGUGUUCGUCAUCGACGAGGCCGACCAUAGCCUUAGCUCGCCGGCUCACGCGCAAGAGUUCAUCUCGAAAGUGGAGGUCUUCGCCGCGGGCCUAGGAUGA